AUGAUUGAACCACACCCCGAUGAAUUCAUGGCUUUUUCUAAGAAUCUUCUGCUCUCCCACCGUUGCGCCGCAUCGGCCCACGUUUGUUCAGCAGUGCGGCCUCAUGGGUCUACGCAUGCGCAAGGCCCUCCAAUACGGAUAUUAUCGAUCCAAAUAUAUAUCCUUAACUCACACGGCGCUGCAUAUGUAGAUUUUAAGAUUUCUGGGUUCCAGGUCAAAGCUCUCGCGAUAGUAUGCAAUAUUUCCGAACCGCAUUUGCACACCAUUGGAAGCCGUGCGAACUCUACUAGUUCCCCACUUUUGUAUGACACCGGAAAUUCGUGCGCAUAA